CAUAACCGCCGACAGCCACAGUGGAAGACGUUGCAGCAAUGGAACAUUGUGGAUGUUUAUACUUGUACCAGUAUUCAACAAAGCUAUAAUCUGUAAGCGCACUCACCAUAUUUGCCAAGAGUUGCAUAAGCUAGUAAUCAAGCAUAGCCAUCUUUAACUUGCAUUCAUCGAUCUCUUCUUUUCCUCCCCCAGUCAUAGUCAGUCAGAUCACAUCUUCGAUUGCUUGACUCCUUAUGUUCUCUAGCCGCCGCUUGCAGCAGUUCUAAAGAGGAGUUGAACUUGCCGCCUUCUUGGAGUAGGUGUUUGAUUUACUGCAAGAUAGGAUGGAUGGCAUAGAGCUUCACACUUUUGGUUGAAACUUUGUUCCAUCAUCUAUCUAUGCAAAACCCUGAUGUCAAAUUGGCAUUCUAUUCCUGUGACUUUAUAUUUUAUGCCAAGGGAUCUAGCUGCAAUGCUGAUGGAAAAGGAGUGCCCAAGUAUCUUAUCAAGAAAAAGCAGUGGAUAAUAUAGGCCUGUUAAAUUUCUGCAUGGUGUCCAUGGUUGUGGCCUUCUUUUCAGAGGUAACUUCUGGUGCUAGAUGACGAUUCUUGAGAAAGAGAAUAUAUUCACUUGGUAUUGGUGGAUAUGUUGGUGACACUCGACCACUUUAGAACAAUUAAAAAAAGGUAACACAAGCUUUUGUUUCAGGUUCAGAAUCAUUAAAAAAGAAAACACCUGGCUAAUCUUUGACGUUGCAGGUUUUCUGAGCUGAAUAUGAUGCUACCAUCUCAUUAGAAGGCUGGUUAUUGAUUCCAUUUGAGAACAAAAUUUCCCCUGUUCUGGAAAUUUAUAUUUUAUGUUUUCUACUGAAGCCAUAUGCACUAAUUCCUUGUUUUUUUUUGCUUCACAAUGGAUUUUUUCAUGUGAUUCAGAACUUUGAUGCUGUUUUUAGUGGAUAGCUUUUGGUGGCUGAUCCUCAUCUAUGUUGUUAAAAAGCAGCUGCCCAUGUUUUUCUUGUGUCACAGCAUCACUUGCUUUUUGUUGAGGUUUUGUUUGUUGUGAAUUGGGUUUGGCUGUGAUCAUGACAUUGGACCAAUGCUUGCACUGCUUGAAGUCAUAUGUGGCUUCCUUUUGAUGUCAGAUUAAGUUGAAGAUUUGCACCAAUGACACUUCAGAUGCAAAAAUAUCUUUUAGUCAUCAUGAACUUGUGGAAUUCAUUCAAUAAGCAUUAUUUUUUCUGGAUUCCAUUUCAAUUGAUAUGUUUGGCAUGUGACAAUAGAACAGGACAGACAAGCUUCUUGGUGGCCCACUGUGUUUUCAUCAUGUUGACUGUGUGGAUGAGCCUGGGCCUCCCAACCAAGCUUCUAAUACAACAUAAGAAGCACAUGGUUCCUGUUUCUUUGCCAUUACAGGAGUGCUGCUGUUUCAGGGCAACAAGAAGCUGUGGGUUUGCGGUUGAUCGAUGACCCACGUUUCCUGUAUUGAAACGACAAGAACAGACACUACGCUUGAUCUUAUCAUCCCCAAGGCUUUUUGACAUCAUCAGCAUCUCUGAAUCGGACAGUACAGACCUCUGUGGUGAAUGCAAAUAAGCAUAAAGAGUCUAAUGUUUCCUCCCUAAAGAAAACAAGCGGAAGAUUCAAUGAGCAUCUUCCACAAGCGGCAACAAUCGAACCUUCCGCCCCAUCGACGUUGUGGAGCCCAUCAUUACUUGGUCACCACCCGCCCAUCGGACCUCGUUGACCCGGAAUCCACUACCCCAAUAGUCGUCGCCCGUACCUUCCUCAACUCUUCGACGAACCCGCCAAACACGAUGGGGAAGAACGCGUCACUUCCACUCCCAAUCUUGCAAUGGAUUUGUAUCCGUCGGAUCCAGAUCCGACGGCUUAUUCGCGUCGCGUAGAUAAGAACACGGUUGGUCUCUUCAUUCCCAGGAAUACCCCGUCCAACAACAAGAAGACGCGCCUCCCCUUUUUGUGCGUCGAGGGACAGUUACGUCACACCGAAUAGAAAUCGGAGGAAGAUUUGCUCGUCCGGUAUUAUCUUCCCCUAUCGGGCACGCGAGGGGUGAAGUCGUCAGAGCGAGGGAGGUUGCAUCCGAUCGCCCCUCCACGUUGCGAUAGAUCGAUUAGGUUUUCGAUCCGUAUCGGCCUGCCGGAUAAUCCUCGAUCUCUGCGCCAAAUCGAAUUCGGCGGGUGGAGGAUGCACGCCAAGUCGAAGAUCUCGGAGCUGCUCCCCAGGAGCUUCAAGCCGGUGAAAUGCAAGACGUCGCUGAAGCUCGCGGUGUCUCGGAUGAAGCUGCUCAAGAACAAGAGGGAGGCCUCGGUGAGGCAGAUGCGGCGGGAUUUGGCUCAGCUCCUGGAGAGCGGCCAGGAACAAACCGCUCGGAUUCGGGUAGAACAUGUUAUCAGGGAAGAGAAAACUAUGUCAGCAUAUGAUCUCAUUCAGAUAUACUGUGAACUUAUCGAAUCACGUUUGCCUAUAAUUGAGUCACAAAAGAACUGCCCCAUAGAUCUGAAGGAAGCAAUAUCUAGUGUGAUAUUUGCAUCCCCAAGAUGUGCAGACAUUCCAGAACUUAUGGAUAUUCGCAAACAAUUUCAAGCAAAGUACGGUAAAGAUUUCGUUACUGCUGCUAUUGAAGUUCGACCAGAAUGUGGAGUUAGCCGCAUGAUAGUUGAGAAAUUGUCAGCAAAAGCUCCUGAUGUUCAGAUUAAAAUCAAAGUCUUGAAUGAAGUUGCCAAAGAACAUGAUGUCAAAUGGGAUUCAAAAUCAUUUGAAGAGCAAGUCCAGAAGCCUAAAGAUGACCUUCUGGACGGCCCAUCCUCUUUCGUUGCCGCUGAGAAGAUGACAGUCAAAUCCUCUGAUGUCAAGCCAUCAUCCGUUAAUAGUUGGGACAAUGAAUCAACCAUCAAGGUGUCUCACAGUAGAAAGGCGAGCGAACCAAAAGAGACUAUGCCUGAUCUGCAAGAGGUCAAAUCAGCAUAUGUGAAGGGGGAGAGAGCUUCGGUGCAUCGCUCAAAUUGGAAAAUGGAAUUUAAGGAUGCAACUUCUGCUGCUGAGGCAGCUGCUGAAUCUGCUGAAAGGGCUAGCAUGGCAGCUAGAGCUGCUGCUGAACUAGCAAGUCGUGGGAGUAUUUCUCGACAACCUUCUAGUGGAUCAUAUAAGUCAUCUGCACAUGUCAUCAAAAGUGAAGGGCCUGGGUCAGGAAAAAGUUCAUAUCUAGGGAGUAAUUACAUUGUAGGCGGAUCAGUAACCGAGGAGGAUGAUAAAAGUGAAAGGCUUCAGUUUGUGAAACCAAAGGUGCAAACUCCGCAGAAAGAUGACAUGGUACGAACCAGCACGUUUACUGAAGAUAAAACCUUAAACAGUAAUCAUAUUGCUGGAGAUGAUUUAGUGUCAGAAAAGUCUCAAUUUAGUGGUUCGUCAUUCAGAGAUGUGGUGUCAGAAAUUGAUGGUCGAGAAUCUAAUGCCAAGUCAUAUGAUAAUUCUGAGAAAAGCUUCUCUGAUCCAGAAUCUGAAUCUAAGAAUUUAAAGAAUGAUGAUAAUGAGAAUUAUGAUCCAAGACACAACAUAUUAGCUUCUUCUGUUUAUUCUAGUAACUUUGAUGAUUAUACAACUACGGAUGACCACGAGAAUAACACCAGAGGUGAUAUUUCUGAUGUAGUUUAUGACAACUAUGAUUAUGAUACUGAUCAUCACUCCUUCCUUAAGAGGCACAGUGAAGAAAAUAUGUUGGAUUCAUUUUUUCAACAACCAAGAGAAGAAUCUUCUAGUUUCUCGUUGAACAUGGACUCUUUUAGCAAUAAGGAACACACUAGUGGAUCUCUAAAUAAUGAAAGCAGAUCACAGCUGCAUUCUUGGAGAGAAUCUGAUAGAACCGAUUAUUCAGAAUCAACCAGAAAGGUUAACCUCCAUUCAGAUUCCGAUGACUAUCUACCUCCAAAGUUUGACUCCCCAAAAUAUGACUCUGAAGGUCCUGGUUCUGAGAGUGAAGAUGAGUUAGAGAAAUCGAAGCAUGUGACAGAUAUGAGACCAAGCAGUUUUCUGCACACCGACACCAGCUCCGGGAAAGGCUCAAUAACAUCACAGCCUGGUAACAGAACAUAUCUCAUGGAUGAUACUGUGGAAGUUGAUGAAGGUAACGGGAGUUCUCCACCAGCUGUCCUUCCUAGUGCCGAGAAAUUUGAAGUGGAACCCAGCCCUAAUGAGGAAAGUUGGAGAUCUGGCCUUAGUGUGCAUAAAAACCAGCAAACACAAAGAGAUAGUAGAUCUCCUAACUAUAAUCAUAUAGGAACAGAAGAAGAGCUGGAUGAAAGAUACGGAAGUGGGGUCUUGAACUUUGGAAAAUUAACUGGUGGAUUGAGAAAUAGAGGCUACACUCGUACACCCUAUUUAAGAAACACCAGUACUGAUGCUUCGCCCAGGUUGAAAACAAAUUCAGAUGAUACUUCUCUCACGAAUGAGGAAGAAAUUUCUUUUGGUAUGUCCAGGUUCUCAAGUAUUGAAGUUACAAAUGAAGAAAAACCUAGUAAAGAUGUACAUGCAAAUGCUUUCAGGCCUAAGAUGAGAGCUUCAAAAGCUAAUACGGACACAGAUCUUGAAGAUGGAGGACAAGUUGCAAAUUAUGAUGUUGGGCAUAAAGGAUCAAUGUCUGGAGGUUCAUUAACCUCUUUGAACAGAACAAUAGAUGAUACAUCUGAAGAUUUUGAAGAUCCAGUUCAUGAGUCAUAUGUCCGACUACAACAAAGGAAAGAGUACAGGGAAUCGAUCUUAAGAUCCUCAUACGUAAACCCAAGUGUGGAUAGCAAGGAAGAGCAAAUUUCUACUGCUGGGAAUAGACAGCGGAGAGACAGUAGCAUUUCAACUCCUAAAAGCCAGAAGUUGAAUAUUGUCACUUCCAUGGAGAAGUCAACUGUAAACCACCCAAACAAGACACUGCUGAGCUCUGAAGUUCUGGAUCAGGGACUCGAUAAUCAGAAAUCACGUGUCAAAGCAUAUACUGAGGCAAGCUCCAGAAUGCCAAUCAAUUACUCUAGCAUAGAUGACAAUGAGGCAGAGGAACUAGCACCACGAACCACUUAUGUGCGAGGAGGCAGUAAUGAUGUUAAGCUUUCUCGAAGAACAAGGCCUACAUCACCAGUUGUUAAAGAAGAUAAAGUUCCUAGAACCUCUGACCAGUCUGCUACGAGCAUGGUAAAGGAAUCCAAGUCUUCUCGGCUAAGUUCUGCAACUGAAUCUUUUUCUGGCACAACAAAGCACACCAGAGAUUUGGAUCACAGAGAGAAUUCCAAGCCUCGGCUACCGCACUCAUUGGCUGAAGAAACUUCACCAAAACACUUACUGGCCGAAUCAUCUACAGGUAAGAGAAAUCCAAACGUAUCACAAGAUGAGCGGAGACAGUCUUCUGUUAAAGAAAACAAUGAGAAACCUAUGUCAUCAAGCUCAAGCGAGAAGCCAACUUCACGGGAAAGUUCUUUCAAAAAUGCUUCUCAUGUUCAUCCGAAACUUCCUGAUUAUGACUCUAUAGCUGCUCAUUUUCAGUCGCUUCGAGCCAACGUACGCCAAAAGUAGUUAAAACUGUUCUUUUUUGUUCCUCUUUUUGAUUGCACAUACAUAUAGUGUUGUCAAAAAUAAGUAGGCAGUUCAUGCUACUGUUUAUGUGGUGCAGUGGUUUAUUGACUACAAGUUUAUUUGAUUGUUUUCUGUAUCUGUCGUUGAUUAAGAUUCUGUAAGUUACCAAACAAAAGUGAUGUAAUUAAUAUAUGAGAGGGAUAGGACUGGGUUCGAUGUUCUA